UUUGACGUUUAUUCUGUUAUUAUUUUGCUGCUCAUAUUUCAGUUAUAUUUUAUGUUAAAAAGAUUUUUAGAACACAAAAAUGAAAACUGAGAGUACACAACCAGAAGAUAAACCAAAGGCGCCUAAAUUACCAACACUUUCGCAGAUCAAUGCUGAUAUAAUUACACAACUAGCCUCUCGGUACUGGUCUCCACAAACUAAAGAAAAUCACUUACCCUAUGAUGCCUCAAUUGUGGAAUCAAUUUACCAAACAGAAAUUCUUCGAUCCAAUUUCUCAGUACGUCGUAUUAUGAUGCUGGAGUUCUCUCAGUACUUAGAGAGUUACUUAUGGCCGUACUAUGAGGCUGGACAAGCGUCGCACGCGCAUAUGAUGUCCAUCAUUGUCAUGAUCAACGAGAAGUUCAGAGAACGAGUGCCAGCAUGGCAGGCGUUCCUAAAAAAACCAGAUCACUUCCCAGCAUUUUUCGAGCAAGUACUCCGUGCGAGUGUCGCCGACGACCACACGAGUCGCAACAUGCGCGAGCAGACCGCGCUCCUACUAUUUCUGAACCAUUGCUUCGGGAGCAUGGAAGUGCAGCUGUGCAGAGACCAGGUCAAGCGACUUGUUUCGCUAAGCAUGUGGAUCAGUUUACAGGAAGGGCGACGAAAUCAAGAGUUUAAGUCAGUGCCAAAAUGGCGAAAAUAUUGGAAAGCUAUUCAGAAGAAGGAUAAGCCAGAAUUGUUGGAGAAGCUGAAUUGGGAGCGCCGCUAUCUGCAACAACUUAUGAUAAAAUUCAUGAGAAUUCUAGAGAAUAUUCCCGAAAACGAAGAUGUAGACCCUAAUGUUAUCAGAUACUGCGAGCGGUUUUUAGAACUGAUGAUCGACUUGGAGGCUCUGUUGCCCACACGUCGUUUCUUCAACACCGUCAUGGACGACUGUCAUUUAGUAGUGCGCUGUCAAUUGGCAGCUUUAUCUAGAAGACCCGAGGGACAGCUGUUCAUGCAGCUCCUACAAAUGCUGAAAUUUUAUGCCAAUUUCGAAAUCAGCGACGAAACUGGUGAUCCUAUGACAGAUCGGGACAUGACGCUGUUGCAUUAUUCCAGAAUAACAUCAUUACAGAAAGCGGCAUUCGCCAAGUUCCCUGAUCUGCGUUUGUUCGCUCUAGCCAACGUCGCCAGUGUGGACACUAGGGAAUCUUUACAGAAACACUUUGGAAAUUUAAGUGACAAGGCUCUCCGCGCUAUUGCGACUUAUUUAAAUCUGGUACCAGCUGAAGGCAAAGAAGAUGAAGCGUCUUGGCAUCGCGUCGACAAGGGUUUCCUCAAAGAGUUAUUAAUUUCCCGUCACGAACGGCGUAUAUCUCAAUUGGAAGAAUUGAAUUCUAUGCCACUUUAUCCAACCGAAGAAGUUAUUUGGGACGAAAACGUGGUUCCUACAGAGAUAUACAGCGGUGAAAACUGUCUCGCGCUCCCCAAACUGAAUCUCCAAUUUCUCACACUGCACGAUUAUCUGUUAAGGAAUUUUAAUCUUUUCCGUCUUGAAAGUACAUACGAAAUCCGUCAAGAUAUUGAGGACGCUGUCUACAGACUGGCGCCAUGGCGAGCAGAAGAUGGAAGUGUGUAUUUUGGAGGGUGGGCACGUAUGGCUCACCCCAUCAAGAGCUUUGCAGUGGUCGAAGUCGCCAAGCCUAAUAUUGGUGAGAAGGCACCUUCCAGAGUAAGAGCUGAUGUGACAGUCACACUGAGCGUGAAAAACGAGAUAAAACAUGAAUGGGAGAGUUUGAGGAAACACGAUGUUUGCUUCUUGGUCACAGUGAGACCUACUCAGGGCAUAGGUACAAAGUACGACUAUAGGGAAAGUAUGGUACAACAAGCAGGCAUUGUGUAUGUCCGAGGCUGUGAAGUUGAGGGUAUGUUAGACGCAGCUGGGAGGGUGAUCGAAGAAGGCCCGGAGCCGAGACCAGAACUUGAUGGUGAUUCUAGAACAUUCCGGUUGUUAUUAGAUCCGAACCAAUAUAGGUUGGAUUUGGAUCGCGCCAGUAAAGGAAAUGAGGAUGUUUACGAAACAUUCAACAUAGUUAUGCGACGAAAACCAAAAGAGAAUAACUUUAAAGCGGUCUUAGAGACUAUCAGGGAGUUGAUGAACACAGAAUGCGUCGUGCCGGAGUGGCUGCACGAUAUAGUCCUCGGUUAUGGAGACCCGGGCCAGGCUCACUAUACCAGAAUGCCGAAUGAGAUCCCGACCUUGGAUUUCAAUGAUACGUUCUUGGACAUGGAACACCUGCGGAACAGUUUCCCAGGACAUGAGAUCAAAGUGAAAACCGAUGACCCGCGGAAGCUCGUCCGGCCUUAUAAGUUAACGUUUGAGAACGUUGUACGCAAGAAGCAACUCGGUGAUAAUGCAAUGGAUGAAGACGAAGAACGUAAAGUGAUUGUCGUGGAACCACACGUGCAACCCAAGAGGGGGCCCUAUCUGUACAACGAGCCAAAAAAGAACAAUAUUUUGUUUACUCCGACGCAAGUGGAGGCGAUCCGUUCGGGAAUGCAACCGGGACUGACUUUGGUUGUCGGCCCACCGGGAACCGGUAAAACUGACGUGGCUGUCCAAAUAAUAUCGAACCUCUACCACAACUUCCCGUGGCAACGCACUCUCGUGGUCACCCACAGUAACCAGGCGCUUAACCAACUUUUCGAAAAAGUAGCCGAACUUGAUGUAGAUGAACGACAUUUGCUGCGUCUCGGCCAUGGAGAAGAAGCGCUGCAGACGGAGAAAGAUUUCUCUAGGUACGGUCGAGUGAACUAUGUUCUCGCGAAGAGACUCGAACUGCUGGAUAUGGUAGGACGGCUGCAACGGACGUUGGAAGCAGGCGGCGACGCUGGCGCCACAUGUGAACUAGCACAUCACUUCCAUGUGUACCAUGUACGGCCCAGGUGGUCAGCGUUCCUGGAGAAAUGUGCACAAGAACAGACAAAAUCCUCAGACACCAUAAGCAAAGAGUUUCCUUUCCACGAGUUCUUUGACGAUGCACCGAAACCGUUGUUUGCGGGAAAAUCGUACACCGAUGAUAUGGAAAUAGCCAAGAGCUGUUACAGAUAUAUCGACCACAUAUUUGAAGAACUGGAAGAGUUCCGAGCAUUCGAAUUGCUACGAUCUGGAUUGGAUCGAUCUAAAUAUUUAUUAGUAAAAGAAGCUAAAAUUAUUGCUAUGACUUGCACGCACGCUGCAUUGAAACGAUCUGAACUCGUACAAAUGGGUUUCAAAUAUGACAACAUAUUAAUGGAAGAAUCAGCGCAAAUCCUAGAAAUCGAGACGUUCAUUCCGCUACUAUUGCAAAAUCCACAAGAUGGCCGUUCGAGGCUCAAGCGAUGGAUAAUGAUCGGCGACCACCACCAACUGCCGCCAGUCGUGAAGAACAUGGCAUUUCAAAAAUAUUGCAACAUGGAACAGAGUCUGUUUACCAGAAUGGUCCGCUUGGGUGUGCCUUACGUGGAGUUGGACGCCCAGGGGCGUGCGAGACCGAGCAUUUGCAACUUGUACCGGUGGCGAUAUCGCGCCCUGGGUGACCUGGGUCAUGUGUGUCGCCUGCCCGAGUACCGCGCCGCCAACGCCGGCCUUCGGUACGACUUCCAACUGAUCAACGUGGACGACUUCAACGGCGCUGGCGAGACCGAGCCCAGUCCCUACUUCUACCAGAAUUUAGCAGAAGCUGAAUACGUUGUGGCAGUAUUCAUGUACAUGCGGAUAUUGGGAUGGCCAGCGUCCCGUAUCUCCGUGCUCACCACGUACAAUGGGCAGAAACAUCUCAUCCGUGACGUCAUCGAUAAACGUUGCGCAGACAAUCCUCUGAUUGGCCGACCACAUAAGGUGACGACUGUUGAUAAAUACCAAGGGCAGCAAAAUGACAUCGCGCUAGUGUCACUGGUACGGACUAAGGCGGUCGGUCACGUGAGGGACCUCCGGCGGCUGAUAGUGGCCGCGUCCAGAGCGCGGCUCGGUCUCUACAUCUUUGCGAGAGCCAACCUCUUCAGGAACUGUUUUGAAUUGCAACCGACGUUCAAUCAGUUGGUGGAACGUCCGCUGGAAUUGGAACUGGUACCCGGAGAGCGGUACCCCGCGCAGAGGUCCAUCACUGCCAACGUGCCCGACUCUCUCUCGCUAUGCGUGCACGAUAUGCCGCACAUGGCACGCUACGUCUACCAAAUGUACCUCGAUAAAGUGCGAGACGCCAAUAAACAAUACGAGCGUUCAAGUAAAUCGUGGUCAGCACCGGGAACAGAAUCGGCGGCCCGCUCUCAAGAACCCGAUGGGUUUGUGCCGUCACACCCCGGCGCUGCGCCUGACAGCGAAGACGAAGACACCUUCCGCCCCACGGAGAUUGUAAACGAGGUUGAAGAGACGCCGAACACGUAGAAGAUACACUUGUGUUACAGUUUUUUUGUCUCCCUAUAUUAUAAGAACUAAAACUUACAAACAAACUUUAAGUAUUACAGUGUUUUGUCACAUUCUUUCAAAGGAAACCAAUGUUUGGAAGUGUACAGCGGUUACAUAAGGUUUAUAUUAAGGUUUAGCUUUUUUUAUAAGUAAGGGAAUUAAUAUUUCACCACACUGUACCAAAUUACAAAUAAAUAUU